GUCAUACUGGGGUUGAGUAGUUGCAUUCUACAGCUCCUUUUAGUUUGUCUUGUUUAUCUCGUUUUAUUUGGGUGACAUGAAGUCACGUGAAUGGCUUUCAGGCCUCUACCUCUUUUUUUCUUCCCCUUUCUAUUGAUUUGAUCUCCUUCUUUAUAACACCCUUUACUGCCUUUUAUUUAGGUUCUUUUAGCCUUGUGAUCAUAUUCUUAAUUUGCCCUAUCCCAUUCCAUAUUGUCCAUCUUCGCUGGACAACAAUUCCGCAAUCAUCUCUUCUCUCUCGCCAUGACUCCUGUUUGUCUGAACCCACCACCCCCUUCUUUUGAACUUGAUGGAGAGCAAAAGCAUGAACAACAUUUGCAGCUGUUCCUGUCAUCAUCACAUCCACCACCUUCUUCUCGCUCAUGUCCUACUUUGUUUAGCGCAACUCAAGAUCAAAGAAUGGCCAUAAUUGAAGAGUCGCAACAAUAUGAUCAGAAGGUUAAUCAGUACAUGGCUCAAGGAGGAUCAAGUGAUGUACAUGUAGUUUCAUCUUCUUCAAUUCGGCCGAUGAUGAACGAUGCAACCAAUGGAUAUAACAUGUCGUUGUGUACAAGAGAGGCUACAGAAGGAAAUACAAGUACUGAAAACAGUUCAGCUAAAUGGAUGUCCUCGAAGAUGAGACUAAUGGAAAAAAUGAUGAACUCGAAUUGCACAGAAACCGAAGAAUCCGUCAAAAUUACCCAAAGGCAAAAAUUUCAAUAUCAGAUGCAUGAUACUAACGAAACCAGUUCUUUUAAUAACAGCAACAACACCAUUAGAGUCUGCGCAGACUGUAACACGACCACCACACCCCUUUGGAGGAGCGGCCCUCGUGGUCCCAAGUCACUUUGUAACGCUUGUGGUAUUCGGCAAAGGAAGGCAAGACGGGCCAUGGAAGCAGCAGCAAAUGGCACAAUUACAGCCACCGACUCCAAGAUUAAGGUGCAAAACAAGGAAAAGAAAUCACGUACAACGCAUAUUGCACAUUACAAAAAACAAUGCAAUAAGUCUCCAGAUCCUCCUCCUCAUCAUCAGCCCCAAAGAAAGCUUUGCUUUAAGGAUUUUGCUCUAAGUUUGAGCCAGAAUUCUGCUCUUAAACAAGUAUUUACGCAGGAUGUUGAAGAAGCUGCAAUCCUGCUAAUGGAACUAUCUUGUGGCUUCAUUCAAAGUUAGUUUUAUUUUGAUUGGCAUUUUGAAAUUCAUAAUAAUUAGGAUAGUUUGCCUCUUUGUGCUUGCAAAAGAAAGAGAAAUCAUAAUCUUUUCUUAGUGUCGCAAACUAAAAUGCUGGUUUGCUUCGCUAUAUCUCAUCUUGUACUAAUCCAAAUAACCAUCAUAAUAAUAUAUACAUAUCUAAU